AUGGCAGUACACGUGCUAGACAACUACUACCUAUCCAUAACCUUCCUCAUUACCGUCGCCUACCAGCUGUUCUUCUUCGCUAUAGCAUUCACUUACAAGUUCGACAAGCUCACCGAUUUCGCUGGCGGCACCAACUUCGUGGUCCUUGCCAUCAUCACUCUUGCCCUCAGCGAUAACCGCGACCAUGCCCGCAACAUUGUCGUCUCCCUCUUCAUCAUGGUCUGGGGCCUCCGCCUCUCCGGGUUUCUGCUUUUCCGCAUUUUAAAGACAGGGAAGGACGACCGCUUCGAUGACAAGCGAGACAACUUCUUCAAGUUUCUGGGAUUCUGGAUCUUUCAAAUGUUAUGGGUAUGGACCGUCUCGCUCCCCGUCACGAUCCUCAAUUCGCCUGAGGUCGCGGAGUCCAACUAUCGCGAGACCCCUUUUGGAACCGGCCAGGACAUCACAGGCAUCGUGCUCUAUGUCGUCGGCCUGAUCAUGGAGACCGUCUCUGAUACGCAAAAGUACCGCUUCAGGAGCGCGCACGGCAACGACGGCUCCAUUUGCGACAAGGGGUUGUUCUCCUGGUCCCGACAUCCGAACUACUUCGGCGAGAUGAUCAUCCAUUUCGGCAUCUGGGUCAUAAGCAUCUCCCCAGCACUCCGGGGCGACGUCAAUAGGGGUGCCAGAAACGCCCUCAUCGCCUCCGUCGUCGGCCCUCUCUUCCUGACUUUCCUGCUAAUGUUCGUAUCGGGUCUACCGCUGCAGGAGCGCCCUGGGGCCAAGAAGCGUUACGAGAAAGGCAGCCGCGGCAGAUGGGAGGCCUACUCGAGAUACCUCAACCGUACGAGCAUCCUGAUCCCGUUCCCUCCACAACUCUACACGAGAACACCCAUUUGGCUGAAGAGGACGCUGUUUCUGGAGUUUCCGAUAUACGUGUUUGAUCCGGUUAAGCACUCAGACCAGAGUAAGCCUCAGAUUGACGCCGGGCAGAGCCGCGUAAGCCAGCAUGGUGGCAGGCCGAGCGAUGAAGAGGCGCUGCAGAGAUGA